CCUCACCCUCGUCUAGAAAGCAAUGGACUCAGGAACACCGCAUCCAGCAGAAUCCCGGGUCUCAGAUAUCAUAGCCCUACUUGCCUCCGACUUUGUCGAUAUUUGCCAUGAUGAACUCACUGAGACGAUGGCCAAGCCCGACACCAGCCGACAUUAUCCGAUCCAUGUCAGCAUACUGGACUAUUCUCACAAAAAUCCAUGGAUGUGCAAUCAGAUUGCCAUGAACCCAACCGAUUUCAUCCCACUCAUGGAUGCGGCUCUUCAACAGGCCCAGAGUCUCAUCCUGCAACGCAACCCCAGUGCCACUGAACUGUCCAUAAAGCCCAAGACCCAUGCACGGCUAAACCGCGUACCAAUGGUGGACGAAGUUUGUCUCCCCAAGCUCCCUCGUUCGAAAGAUGUCGGGCGAUUGGUGUGCAUCUCUGGGACGGUCAUUCGAACUGGCAUGGUUAAGAUGCUUGAAACCCUCAAGUUGUACGAGUGCCAAAAGUGCGGCCGGCGGUUUACAAUGAAAUCCGAUCCCGAGCAGUACAAUGUUAUCCCGAAACCGGUCAGGUGCGGCGGAUUAGAUGCCUUCAACGCCGCUGGGAUUCCAUAUUGUGAUAGCCUCAAAUUUCGGGAAGUGGCCGUGACAACAGGCGAUAUUCCAGACUCGUGCAAGGACUACCAAGAGAUCAAAAUCCAAGAACAGAUCAGCAAGCUCGCCAUAGGAACCAUAUCUUUUUGCGCACUAACCCAUUCCACUUACCCGCUCGAGCCAACCACUUGCCUUUGCUGCAGCCUGGGAUAUCCACACUCUGGCCAUCUACUUCAAUGGAUGAAAGAUGAUCUUGUGGAUAGCGCCAAAGCCGGAGAUGACGUCACGAUUGUGGGCAUCGUCACUCGCCGGUGGCGACCGUUUUUUAGUGGAAUUCGACCAGACCCGGAGAUUGUCCUUUAUGCCAAUCAUGUCCGCAUCAACAACGAGCAGCGAGCCAAUGCCAUAUUGAGUGACGAACGACGAGCGGAAUUUGAGCGAUUUUGGGAUCAACAUCGAGAGUACCCACUUCGUGGCCGCAACAUUAUCCUUCGAAGCUUUUGUUCCAAGAUUUUUGGACUCUACGUCGUUAAACUCGCCGUAAUGCUUGUCUUGGUUGGUGGGGUGCCCCGACAAGAUCCUUCUGGCAUGAAAAUCCGCGGAGAUGGGCAUCUGCUCCUCGUGGGCGACCCCGGCACCGGCAAAUCCCAGUUUCUGCGGUAUGCGGCCAAAAUCAGUCCCCGGGUGGUCUUGACGACAGGCAUUGGCUCGACAAAUGCUGGUCUCACGGUCACUGCCGUUCGUGACUCGGGUGAAUGGCAGCUUGAGGCCGGGGCCCUCGUCCUGGCCGACCGUGGACUCUGUUGUAUCGAUGAAUUUGGCAGCAUCAAGGAGAGUGAUAAGACAGCCAUCCACGAGGCUAUGGAACAGCAGACAAUCAGCGUUGCAAAGGCCGGUAUGGUUUGCAAGCUCAAUACCCGAUGCUCCAUUCUUGCUGCGACCAACCCCAAGGGAAAGUACGAUCCGAAUCAGAAUGUAACGGUCAAUAUCGCCAUUGGAAGCCCGCUCCUGUCCCGGUUUGAUUUGGUCCUGGUGCUCAUCGACAGCCACAACGAUGACUGGGAUAGGUCGGUUUCGACCCACAUCCUUGAUGCCGAGGUUAGCAAGACGCGAGAAUCGCAACCCGAUGCAACCCAACCGGAACCUCUGGACCUGUGGGAUCUCGAGAAGCUGCAGGCCUACAUAUCUUAUGUCAAGAGUGAGUGCCACCCAGAACUUACAGAGGAAAGCGGUCAAGUUUUGAAGAAAUACUAUCAACUCCAGCGGGCCGUCGAUCUCCGUAACGCUGCUCGAACUACAAUUCGACUGCUGGAGAGCUUGAUUCGUCUCGCGCAAUCACAUGCACGGCUCAUGUGCCAGCAGACAGUAACCAUUCGAGACGCGGUUGUUGCCGUCAUGCUCAUGGAAGCGUCAAUGCAGACGUCCGCCUUGGCAGGCGUUACUCCAACCCUUCACAUUCCCUUCCCCGACGACCCUGACUGUGACUAUGCCGAGUAUGAAACGGCCAUACUUAUCAGGCUCGGGUUGAGUAAUCUUGCGCAGGGCAUCUCUCUCAGUGCCAUUUUCCAGCACGGAACUCCGGGUGCCAGCCAAGGACCUUUCGCAGCAGGGAUUCGUAAAAGACGGCGAGUAGAUGGCGACGGCAAUGAUGAUGGCGCCGUCGAUGACGAUGGCGAUGGCAAUAGCCAGACAGAUCUGUUGGCCCAAAGUCGGCCACGCCAUAGUCAGUGCAGCCCCGCCCUCGACCCAGACAAUCGAUUGUCCCAAGACAGCCGCAACCGUGACGAAGACGAGCCCCUAUGCUCCUGGUCAUCCGAACGGCAGCCUCAUAGUCAACAAUCGAAUGACGAUGUCCCACCGGAACAUGACCAUGUUCGGACCCAUAUAAUCCUGGAAAAAAGUCGAAGCCAAACAGAGCUCAGUGGCAGCCAGCCAAUGAGUCUAUCAAGGCACACACGGCUCGGCGAUAUUGCCGGAAGCCUGAUCGAUCACGCAGGCCACAACAUGCAAAACGAGCAAGGGAACCAGGGCGCUCCCGCAGCGCUGUUCAGUCAGCCCAAUCCAGGAGAAGGAGCGGACGCGCUCGAUCGAAUGACCCAAAGCCACCAGUCGAGCCAAACUCAUGUUGAAGCUCUCCACAGCCAAGCCGCCCUGACGAAUCCGAACCUCCCCGUGCAGAGCCGGCCCUGGCGAGGGAUAUCCUCAACAUCGCAGCCAAUGCAGCAAACCCCGAGCAGUUCUGGCGAUGACUCGGACGCUGGAAAGCGUUGGUCGGUGCCCUUGGAACAGUUCAAAUUCAAACGGAUAGACAAAGAAGCACCCAAGACUUCGUAAUGACUCGACAAGGGCCUCAUUGGUGAUAUCUUUGGGUCGCAGCGCUCACAAAAUGAAGCAGGACGCCCUACGCCUGCUGUUGCUGAGAUGCAAUGGAAUACACCGUCAUCGUGCAUAAUGA